AUGUCCGACGCAACUGAGCCCAAGGCCGUGCCUGUGGAAGAAGUAUCCGCUACCGCCACCGAACCGACCACCAGCGAACCCGCGCCUCCGCUCACAGGAGCUAACGUCGACGACGCCCAGACCCCCGCGGCCGACGCCACGAAAGACGGCGAUGAAGAGGAGGAAGACGAGGAGGAGCGCAAAUCGCGAAAGGUCACCCUCGCCGACCUAUGUGCCAAGGGCACAGCGCUCUACGUGAAGAAGAAGUACGAAGAGUCGGCCGAAUGCUACGCCAAGGCGGCCGAGAGGCAGGCCGAGCUGAACGGCGAGAUGGACCCCGAGAACGCAGAGAUUUUGUUCCUGUACGGAAGGAGUCUGUUUAAGGUGGGGCAGGCCAAGAGCGAUGUGCUGGGAGGCAAGGCCGGCGGGGAUAAGCAGCAGAAGAAGGCGCCAGCGGAGAAGAAGGCCGCGAAGCCCAAGGAGGAUAGGAAGGGUGAGCCGAGCGGUUCGGUGACGGUUGAGGAGGGGAAGAAGGAUGUGAAGGAGGAGGACAAGAAGGCGGAGGUAGCCGUGCCGAGUACGAAGAAGCCAUUGUUCCAGUUUACGGGGGAUGAGAACUUUGAGGACUCCGAUGAGGAAGAGGAAGAGGGUGGUGACGAAGAAGAAGAGGAGGAGGAGGAAGACGACUUGGCCGUAGCCUUUGAAAUUCUCGACCUCGCGAGGGUUCUCUAUUCGAAAAAGCUCGAGAACUUGGAGUCUCGGGAAAAGACUGAGGAAGAAAAGGAAGGCGAUGAGGAUCCGCUGCUAAGACAUGUCAAGGAGCGCCUCGCCGACACCCACGAUCUUCUCGCAGAGAUCUCCCUCGAGAACGAAAGGUACCCCAAUGCCAUCACCGACUCACGCGCAUCUCUCAAGUACAAGCAGCAGCUGUAUCCCAAGGAAUCGGAGAUCAUCGCCGAGGCCCACUUUAAACUAUCUCUCGCCCUCGAAUUCGCCUCCAUCACCACGGACGAGGGUGGUAACAAGACCGACUCCGUGGACCAGGAGCAGCGGGACGAGGCUGUCAAGGAGCUGGAACUCGCCAUUGAGAGCACGAAGCUUAAGCUCCAGGCCAAGGAGGUGGACCUUGCGACCAUGGCAUCGCCCGAAGAUAAUGAACUCACGCGACAGGAGAUUGCGGAUGUUAAGGACAUCAUUGCGGACAUGGAGCAGCGGUUGGUUGAUCUUCGCGGACCUCCCAUCGAUCUCAAUGAGACUCUUUACGGCGAACAGGGCCUUGGGAAGUUGGGUGGUAUCCUCGGCGCCGCCGUCGGCGGGUCCUCCGCUGAGAAGCAGGCGGCCAUUCAGGAAGCUAAGAAGACGGCCACCGACCUGAGCGGACUCGUACGCAAGAAGCAAAAGGAGCAGAAGGACGAGUCCAAGCCCAGUACACCCACUGCCGAGACGAACGGAAAGCGCAAGGCCGAAGAUGAUGCCGAAUCGGAAGAGUCCAAGAAGGCCAAGGUCGAGGAAGCCACAGCAUAA